CCUGCACAGCUCAGCAGGACCUCAGCCAUGAGACUUCUCAUCCUGGCCCUCCUUGGCAUCUGCUGUCUCACUGCAUACAUUGUGGAAGGUGUAGGGAGUGAAGUCUCAGAUAAGAGUAUCUGUGUGAGCCUCACUACCCAGCGAUUGCCAGUUAGCAGAAUCAAGACCUACACCAUCACGGAAGGCUCCUUGAGAGCAGCAAUUUUUGUUACCAAACGUGGCCUAAAAGUCUGUGCUGAUCCACAAGCCCGGUGGGUGAAAGACGUGGUCAGGAGCAUGGACAGGAAAUCCAACACCAGAAAUAACAUGAUCCAGACCAAGCCAACAGGAACCCAGCAAUCGACCAAUACAGCUGUGACCCUGACUGGAUAGUAGCCUCUGGCACCCUGUCCCUCUCCAGCCAACCAGCUCAUUUCACUUUACAUGCUCAUGGACUGAGUUUAUACUCACCUUUUAUGAAAGCACUGCAUGAAUAAAAUUGUUCCUUUGUAUUUUUACUUUUAAAUGUCUUCUGUAUUCACUUAUAUGUUCUAAUUAAUAAAUUAUUUAUUAUUAAGAAU